UUCAGUAAAGCCUGUAUGGCUGAUAUGUGUAACUCUAAAGACAACACAGACUCCGUUCUCUGCAAAACCAUCUCAGAGUUCUCCAGAGAGUGUGUCCAUGCAGGUGGCAGACCCCAGCAAUGGAGGAAUGAGACUUUUUGCAACAAGAAAUGUCCAUAUAACAUGGAGUUCUUGGAGUGUAGCAGUUCAUGUCCUGACAGCUGCUCCACCCCUCAGGCCAGCCAGACAUGUGACGGCCACUGCCACGAUGGUUGCAGCUGCCCUGCCGGAACGGUCUUUGAUGACAUCAGUCACACUGGCUGUAUUGCACUGGAUCAGUGUCCGUGUCUACACAACAACAAAGUCUACAAGUCAGGAGAGUCGUACUCAUACAACUGUAGAUCCUGUGUGUGUGAGAGUGGUCGGUGGAUGUGUACAGAGGAGAACUGUCCAGGAACCUGCUCUGUAGAGGGAGGAGCUCAUAUCAACACCUUUGAUGGGAAAGUCUACACUUUCCAUGGAGACUGCUCCUACAUUCUGGCUAAGGAAAGUAAUGGCUCCUCAUACACUGUGCUGGUGGACCUGGUCAAGUGUGGCCUAGCUGACAGUAGGACCUGCCUCAGAGCUGUAACUCUGGCCUUAUACAGCAAUUCUUUGGUCGUCAAAAUCCAGGCAUCGGGGCAAAUUUAUGUCAACCAGAUUCUUUCUCAGCUUCCCCUGUUUACACCGGAGCUGAGUGCCUUCAGGCCAUCAUCCUUCUACAUCCUCAUCAAUACCAGGGCAGGAAUACAAGUGAUGGUGCAGCUGUCCCCCAUGAUGCAGGUCUUCGUUUCAGCUCACACUUCACUCAAAGGAACCACCUCUGGUUUGUGUGGCAACUUCAACAACAUCAUGAGUGAUGACUUCAGGGUGAUCAGCGGGCUGGUGGAGGGUACUGCUACAGCGUUCGCCAACACAUGGAAAACCAGAGCCAGCUGCCCUGACAUUACAGCACGCUAUGGACACCCCUGCAGCCAGGGCAUCAGCAAGGAGAGCUACGCCCAGUACUGGUGCUCCAAACUAACAGAUCCAACGGGAGUGUUUGCUCCUUGCCACUCUGUCAUCAGCCCCAGCACAUACAAGGAUAACUGCAUGUAUGACAGCUGUAACUGUGAGAAAAGUGAGGACUGCAUGUGUGCUGCAGUCUCCUCAUACUUCUAUGCGUGCUCAGCGGCGGGAAUCCAUAUCACUGGCUGGAGGUCAACCAUCUGUGGUAAAUUCAGUGAAUCAUGUCCAGCAGAGACAGUGUAUGACUACAACAUGACCUCCUGUGGUCGUACCUGCCAGUCCCUGAGCCAGCCUGACUUCUCCUGCCGCACCAACUUCACCGCAGUGGACGGCUGUGGCUGUGCUGAGGGAACCUACAUGAACGAAGAGGGGCAGUGUGUGUCCGGUGCAAGUUGUCCCUGCUAUGAUAAAGACACCAUUAUUCCUGCUGGACAGGCUGUCAGCAAAGAUGGCACCACAUGUGUCUGCAGACAAGGGGUUCUCAGCUGCUCAGGAGCAUCACAGCUGCUAUCCUCACCAUCAUGCAUUGCCCCCAUGGUGUACUUUGACUGCUCCACUGCUCAACCUGGGGCCACUGGGAUUGAGUGUCAGAAGAGCUGCAGCACUCUGGACAUGGCUUGUAUCAGCACAGGCUGUGCAUCAGGCUGUGUGUGCCCGAAUGGCCUGGUGUCAGAUGGAGCAGGAGGCUGCAUCAAUGAAACCAGCUGUCCAUGUCUGCACAAUGGAAAGGUCUACCAGCCUGGACAAACACUGACUGUGGACUGCAACACCUGCUAUUGCAGUGGAAGGAAGUUCACAUGCACCACCAAUGUGUGUGACGCUGUUUGUGGGAUCUAUGGUGAUGGCCACUAUGUCACGUUUGAUGAUAAGAGGUUUGACUUCAGUGGACAGUGUGAAUACACACUCCUCCAGGAUUACUGCGGCUCUGGUGACGGCAAUGGAAGCUUCAGAAUUAUCACUGAGAAUGUUCCUUGUGGAACCACAGGAACCACCUGCUCCAAGACCAUCAAGAUCUUCCUGGGGGAUAAUGAAUUCCAACUUAAAGAUGAAAGCUUCCACGUGGUAAAGGGCAGCAGCCAAGUGCUCCCUGCUCAGGUACACAAGAUGGGUGUUUACCUGGUGGUGACGAUCAAGCCAGGACUUGUGCUCAUGUGGGACCACAAGACCAGUCUUUUCAUUAAACUCAGCCCGCAGUUCCAGGGUCAAGUCUGUGGUUUGUGUGGAAACUACGAUGGCAACAGUAUGAAUGACUUUACCACACGCUCCCAGGAGAGAGUGGCAGAUGUUCUAGAAUUUGGUAACAGCUGGAAAGUUUCAUCCAGCUGCCCCAACGCCGAACUCAUCACUGACCCCUGUGCCUCCAACCGCUACCGGGCAGCCUGGUCUCAGAAACAGUGUAGCAUCAUCACCAGUGUCACCUUCCAGAGCUGUCAUUCACAGGUUGACCCUGGUCCAUACUUUGAUUCUUGCGUGAGAGACUCUUGUGCUUGUGACACCGGUGGGGACUGUGAGUGUAUGUGCACUGCUGUGGCUGCCUAUGCCAAAGCAUGUAAUGAAGCCGGGGCCUGCGUUAAAUGGAGAACUCCAAAGCUGUGUCCCAUUUUUUGUGACUACUAUAACUCCCCUGGUGGCUGUGAGUGGCACUACAAGCCUUGUGGAGCUGACUGCAUGAAGACAUGUAGAAAUCCAUCAGGAAACUGUUCCAAUCUCAUCACUGCCCUGGAAGGCUGCUAUCCACAGUGUCCACCAAGCCAGCCCUACUUUGAUGAAGACACCAUGAAGUGUGUUGCCUGGGGCCAGUGUGGCUGCUAUGAUGACAAAGGCACCCAUUACAGCAUCGGAGAUAAGGUCCCAUCAAACAACUGUUACACUUGCUCCUGUACAGUUUCCGGAAUACAUUGCAGCUACGAUGUGAACACUUGUACAUGCUUUGUCAAUGGAAAGACCUACACAUAUGGGACAACAAUAUACAACACAACAGAUGGACUAGGAAACUGCAUUACUGCUGAGUGUGGGGCCAAUGGAACUGUAACAAGGAACAUGCACCCAUGCUUAACGACCACCACGCUUGGCCCAACAACAUUGCCCUUUACAUUCACCACAAUUGGAACAGCAACAACUGUGACUACAACCAAAGCUGUUGAAAUAACUACAUCAGAGGCCACAACAGUAAAGCCUGAGACUACAAAACCAUCGAAAGAAGUCACAACACUCCCAGUGACCACCUCUACCACAAGUGUUGUUGAAACCACCACUUCACUGCCUGUUGUCACUACAACCAGCCCAGAAACAACAGUGGUAACAUCAAAACCAUCUGUUAGCACCACCACCACUAAAGUACCUCCAACAACCACCAUAGUGACUACAACCAAAGCUGUUGAAACAACUACAUCAGAGGCAACAACAGUAAAGCCUGAGACUACAAGACCAUCGAAAGAAGUCACAACACUCCCAGUGACCACCUCUACCACAAGUGUUGUUGAAACCACCACUUCACUGCCUGUUGUCACAGCAACCAGCCCAGAAACAACAGUGGUAACAUCAAAACCAUCCGUUAGCACCACUACCACUAAAGUGCCUCCAACAACAACCACCACAGUGACUACAACCAAACCUGUAGAAAUAACUACAUCUGAGACAACAACAGUAAAGCUUGAAACUACAAAACCAUCAAAAGAAGUCACCACACUCCCAGUGACCACCUCUACAACAAGUGUUGUUGAAACCACCGCUUCACUGCCUGUUGUCACAGCAACCAGUCCAGAAACAACAGUGGUAACAUCAAAACCAUCUGUUAGCAUCACCACCACUAAAGUACCUCCAACAACCACCAUAGUGACUACAACCAAAUCUGUUGAAACAACUUCAUCUGAGACCACAACCGUAAAGCCUGAGACUACAAAACCAUCGAAAGAAGUCACAACACUCCCAGUGACCACCUCUACCACAAGCGUUGUUGAAACCACCACUUCACUGCCUGUUGUCACAGCAACCAGCCCAGAAACAACAGUGGUAACAUCAAAACCAUCUGUUAGCACCACUACCACUAAAGUACCUCCAACAACCACCACAGUGACUACAACCAAAACUGUUGAAACAACUACAUCAGAGACCACAACCGUAAAGCCUGAGACUACAAAACCAUCAAAAGAAGUCACCACACGCCCAGUGACCACCUCUACCACAAGUGUUGUUGAAACCACCACUUCACUGCCUGUUGUCACAGCAACCAGCCCAGAAACAACAGUGGUAACAUCAAAACCAUCCGUUAGCACCACCACCACUAAAGUACCUCCAACAACCACCACAGUGACUACAACAAAAGCUGUUGAAACAACUACAUCAGAGACCACAACAGUAAAGCCUGAGACUACAAAACCAUCAAAAGAAGUCACCACACGUCCAGUGACCACCUCUACCACAAGUGUUGUUGAAACCACCACUUCACUGCCUGUUGUCACAGCAACCAGCCCAGAAACAACAGUGGUAACAUCAAAACCAUCUGUUAGCACCACCACCACUAAAGUGCCUCCAACAACCACCACAGUGACUACAACCAAACCUGUAGAAACAACUACAGAGACCACAACCGUAAAGCCAGAGACUACAAAACCAUCGAAAGAAGUCACCACACGUCCAGUGACCACCUCUACCACAAGUGUUGUUGAAACCACCACUUCACUGCCUGUUGUCACAGCAACCAGCCCAGAAACAACAGUGGUAACAUCAAAACCAUCUGUUAGCACCACCACCACUAAAGUGCCUCCAACAACCACCACAGUGACUACAACCGAAGCUGUUGAAACAACUUCAGCAGAGACCACAACAGUAAAGCCUGAGACUACAAAACCAUCAAAAGAAGUCACCACACGCCCAGUGACCACCUCUACCACAAGUGUUGUUGAAACCACCACUUCACUGCCUGUUGUCACAGCAACCAGCCAAGAAACAACAGUGGUAACAUCAAAACCAUCUGUUAGCACCACCACCACUAAAGUACCUCCAACAACCACCAUAGUGACUACAACCAAAGCUGUUGAAACAACUACAUCAGAGGCCACAACAGUAAAGCCUGAGACUACAAGACCAUCGAAAGAAGUCACAACACUCCCAGUGACCACCUCUACCACAAGUGUUGUUGAAACCACCACUUCACUGCCUGCUACCACAAGUGUUGUUGAAACCACCACUUCACUGCCUGUUGUCACUACAACCAGCCCAGAAACAACAGUGGUAACAUCAAAACCAUCUGUUAGCACCACCACCACUAAAGUACCUCCAACAACCACCACAGUGACUACAACCAAAGCUGUUGAAACAACUUCAUCAGAGACCACAACCGUAAAGCCUGAGACUACAAAACCAUCGAAAGAAGUCACAACACUCCCAGUGACCACCUCUACCACAAGCGUUGUUGAAACCACCACUUCACUGCCUGCUACCACAAGUGUUGUUGAAACCACCACUUCACUGCCUGUUGUCACAGCAACCAGCCCAGAAACAACAGUGGUAACAUCAAAACCAUCUGUUAGCACCACCACCACUAAAGUACCUCCAACAACCACCACAGUGACUACAACCGAAGCUGUUGAAACAACUUCAGCAGAGACCACAACAGUAAAGCCUGAGACUACAAAACCAUCAAAAGAAGUCACCACACGCCCAGUGACCACCUCUACCACAAGUGUUGUUGAAACCACCACUUCACUGCCUGUUGUCACAGCAACCAGCCCAGAAACAACAGUGGUAACAUCAAAACCAUCUGUUAGCACCACCACCACUAAAGUACCUCCAACAACCACCACAGUGACUACAACCAAAGCUGUUGAAACAACUACAUCAGAGGCCACAACAGUAAAGCCUGAGACUACAAGACCAUCGAAAGAAGUCACAACACUCCCAGUGACCACCUCUACCACAAGUGUUGUUGAAACCACCACUUCACUGCCUGUUGUCACAGCAACCAGCCCAGAAACAACAGUGGUAACAUCAAAACCAUCUGUUAGCACCACCACCACUAAAGUACCUCUAUCAACCACGAUAGUGACUACAACCGAAGCUGUUGAAACAACUACAUCAGAGGCCACAACAGUAAAGCCUGAGACUACAAAACCAUCGAAAGAAGUCACAACACUCCCAGUGACCACCUCUACCACAAGUGUUGUUGAAACCACCACUUCACUGCCUGUUGUCACUACAACCAGCCCAGAAACAACAGUGGUAACAUCAAAACCAUCUGUUAGCACCACCACCACUAAAGUACCUCCAACAACCACCACAGUGACUACAACCAAAGCUGUUGAAACAACUUCAUCAGAGACCACAACCGUAAAGCCUGAGACUACAAAACCAUCGAAAGAAGUCACCACACUCCCAGUGACCACCUCUACCACAAGCGUUGUUGAAACCACCACUUCACUGCCUGUUGUCACAGCAACCAGCCCAGAAACAACAGUGGUAACAUCAAAACCAUCUGUUAGCACCACUACCACUAAAGUACCUCCAACAACCACCACAGUGACUACAACCAAAACUGUUGAAACAACUACAUCAGAGACCACAACCGUAAAGUCUGAGACUACAAAACCAUUGAAAGAAGUCACCACACGCCCAGUGACCACCUCUACCACAAGUGUUGUUGAAACCACCACUUCACUGCCUGUUGUCACAGCAACCAGCCCAGAAACAACAGUGGUAACAUCAAAACCAUCUGUUAGCAUCACCACCACUAAAGUACCUCCAACAACCACCACAGUGACUACAACCGAAGCUGUUGAAACAACUUCAGCAGAGACCACAACAGUAAAGCCUGAGACUACAAAACCAUCAAAAGAAGUCACCACACGCCCAGUGACCACCUCUACCACAAGUGUUGUUGAAACCACCACUUCACUGCCUGUUGUCACAGCAACCAGCCCAGAAACAACAGUGGUAACAUCAAAACCAUCUGUUAGCACCACCACCACUAAAGUACCUCUCACCACAGUGACUACAACCAAACCUGUAGAAACAACUUCAGCAGAGACCACAACAGUAAAGCCUGAGACUACAAAACCAUCGAAAGAAGUCACCACACGCCCAGUGACCACCUCUACCACAAGUGUUGUUGAAACCACCACUUCACUGCCUGUUGUCACAGCAACCAGCCCAGAAACAACAGUGGUAACAUCAAAACCAUCUGUUAGCACCACCACCACUAAAGUACCUCCAACAACCACCACAGUGACUACAACCAAACCUGUAGAAACAACUACGGAGACCACAACAACCACAACAGUAAAGCCUGAGACUACAAAACCAUCGAAAGAAGUCACCACACGUCCAGUGACCACCUCUACAACAAGUGUUGUUGAAACCACCGCUUCACUGCCUGUUGUCACAGCAACCAGUCCAGAAACAACAGUGGUAACAUCAAAACCAUCUGUUAGCAUCACCACCACUAAAGUACCUCCAACAACCACCAUAGUGACUACAACCAAAUCUGUUGAAACAACUUCAUCUGAGACCACAACCGUAAAGCCUGAGACUACAAAACCAUCGAAAGAAGUCACAACACUCCCAGUGACCACCUCUACCACAAGCGUUGUUGAAACCACCACUUCACUGCCUGUUGUCACAGCAACCAGCCCAGAAACAACAGUGGUAACAUCAAAACCAUCUGUUAGCACCACUACCACUAAAGUACCUCCAACAACCACCACAGUGACUACAACCAAAACUGUUGAAACAACUACAUCAGAGACCACAACCGUAAAGCCUGAGACUACAAAACCAUCAAAAGAAGUCACCACACGCCCAGUGACCACCUCUACCACAAGUGUUGUUGAAACCACCACUUCACUGCCUGUUGUCACAGCAACCAGCCCAGAAACAACAGUGGUAACAUCAAAACCAUCCGUUAGCACCACCACCACUAAAGUACCUCCAACAACCACCACAGUGACUACAACAAAAGCUGUUGAAACAACUACAUCAGAGACCACAACAGUAAAGCCUGAGACUACAAAACCAUCAAAAGAAGUCACCACACGUCCAGUGACCACCUCUACCACAAGUGUUGUUGAAACCACCACUUCACUGCCUGUUGUCACAGCAACCAGCCCAGAAACAACAGUGGUAACAUCAAAACCAUCUGUUAGCACCACCACCACUAAAGUGCCUCCAACAACCACCACAGUGACUACAACCAAACCUGUAGAAACAACUACAGAGACCACAACCGUAAAGCCAGAGACUACAAAACCAUCGAAAGAAGUCACCACACGUCCAGUGACCACCUCUACCACAAGUGUUGUUGAAACCACCACUUCACUGCCUGUUGUCACAGCAACCAGCCCAGAAACAACAGUGGUAACAUCAAAACCAUCUGUUAGCACCACCACCACUAAAGUGCCUCCAACAACCACCACAGUGACUACAACCGAAGCUGUUGAAACAACUUCAGCAGAGACCACAACAGUAAAGCCUGAGACUACAAAACCAUCAAAAGAAGUCACCACACGCCCAGUGACCACCUCUACCACAAGUGUUGUUGAAACCACCACUUCACUGCCUGUUGUCACAGCAACCAGCCAAGAAACAACAGUGGUAACAUCAAAACCAUCUGUUAGCACCACCACCACUAAAGUACCUCCAACAACCACCAUAGUGACUACAACCAAAGCUGUUGAAACAACUACAUCAGAGGCCACAACAGUAAAGCCUGAGACUACAAGACCAUCGAAAGAAGUCACAACACUCCCAGUGACCACCUCUACCACAAGUGUUGUUGAAACCACCACUUCACUGCCUGUUGUCACAGCAACCAGCCCAGAAACAACAGUGGUAACAUCAAAACCAUCUGUUAGCACCACCACCACUAAAGUACCUCUAUCAACCACCAUAGUGACUACAACCGAAGCUGUUGAAACAACUACAUCAGAGGCCACAACAGUAAAGCCUGAGACUACAAAACCAUCGAAAGAAGUCACAACACUCCCAGUGACCACCUCUACCACAAGUGUUGUUGAAACCACCACUUCACUGCCUGUUGUCACUACAACCAGCCCAGAAACAACAGUGGUAACAUCAAAACCAUCUGUUAGCACCACCACCACUAAAGUACCUCCAACAACCACCACAGUGACUACAACCAAAGCUGUUGAAACAACUUCAUCAGAGACCACAACCGUAAAGCCUGAGACUACAAAACCAUCGAAAGAAGUCACAACACUCCCAGUGACCACCUCUACCACAAGCGUUGUUGAAACCACCACUUCACUGCCUGUUGUCACAGCAACCAGCCCAGAAACAACAGUGGUAACAUCAAAACCAUCUGUUAGCACCACUACCACUAAAGUACCUCCAACAACCACCACAGUGACUACAACCAAAACUGUUGAAACAACUACAUCAGAGACCACAACCGUAAAGCCUGAGACUACAAAACCAUUGAAAGAAGUCACCACACGCCCAGUGACCACCUCUACCACAAGUGUUGUUGAAACCACCACUUCACUGCCUGUUGUCACAGCAACCAGCCCAGAAACAACAGUGGUAACAUCAAAACCAUCUGUUAGCACCACCACCACUAAAGUACCUCCAACAACCACCACAGUGACUACAACCAAAGCUGUUGAGACAACUACAGAGACCACAACAGUAAAGCCUGAGACUACAAAACCAUCGAAAGAAGUCACCACACGUCCAGUGACCACCUCUACCACAAGUACCACAACAGUAAAGCCUGAGACUACAAAACCAUCAAAAGAAGUCCCCACACGCCCAACCACAACCGUAAAGCCGGAGACUACAAAACCAUCGAAAGAAGUCACCACACGCCCAGUGACCACCUCUACCACAAGUGUUGUUGAAACCACCACUUCACUGCCUGUUGUCACUACAACCAGCCCAGAAACAACAGUGGUAACAUCAAAACCAUCUGUUAGCACCACCACCACUAAAGUACCUCCAACAACUACUACAACUACAAAACCAUCAAAAGAAGUCACCACACGUCCAGUGACCACCUCUACCACAAGUGUUGUUGAAACUACAUCCUCUUUGCCCGUGGUUACAACUGUUGGCGUAGUAACAGGAAAGCCACAAUCAACAACUGUAAUUACAAAAGCUUCUAUUUUAAACACAACUGUAGUGACUUCAAGAACAACAGUCAGAGCUACCACUUCAAUUGCCCCAGUAACACAGACUCUUCCACCCAGCACAACUGUUUACACAACUGGUACAACCACUGCCAUACCAACCAGAACCACAGCUGCUUCCAGUCUUUCACCUUUCACAACAACAUUAUGUGCCUGUAUUGUCAAUGGAACUUCACAUCAUCCUGGGGACUUGGUGUACAACGUCACUGAUGGCUUAGGGUGGUGCUAUGUCGCGUAUUGCAAUGCAUCUUGUAAAAUUGAGACACAUUCCAGUCCAUGUCCCACAACACCAAUACCCAGCACAACCGCAAGUUUGACUACUGCAGUGUUCAGCACCACUGCAAAGGCCACAGCUUCAAGCUCAGUUCCCACCACAACUAUUCCUACCUCUACUUCCACUCCAUCAACAACCCCAUCUACAACUACCCUGGACUGUAAUGACGUGGAUCCACCAAGAAAGAAUGGAGAGACGUGGAAGGCUGGCAACUGUACCACAGCUGUGUGCACUAAUGGCAAGGUCACAGAGACACCUACUCCCUGUCCCACAGUACAACAACCCAUCUGUAGUAACGGACGCAAAGCUGUCAAGAUCGAUGAUGCUGACGGAUGCUGCUUCCACUACGAAUGUGACUGCGUGUGCAGUGUCUGGGGCGGAUCCCACUAUAUGACAUUUGAUGGAAAAUCCUACAGUUUCAACACCAACUGCUCUUACUACCUGGUCAAAGAGAUUGCCACUAAAUAUGACCUGACUAUCAUAGUAGAUAACCAGGACUGUGAUCCUUCAGACGGCACAUUCUGCCCACGCACUCUCAUCGUUACAUACCAAUCCUACAAGGUUGUUUUGACUCAGAUCAAGAUUUCAGGAACAGUAACUAAUGCGGUGUACAUGAAUCAGAAACGUAUCUAUCCCGCCUACAGCAAUUCCGUCCUGCGGCUCACUAGCACAGAUAUGGUGAUCACGUUGGAUAUACCGGGGAUCAACACAAAAGUGGUCUAUAGGGGCUCGUCAUUCAGCAUUGACCUUUCCAUGACGUUUUUCAAGGGGAACACUGAGGGACAGUGUGGAACCUGUGACAACUCCCAGACCAACGACUGCCGUUCCCCCAAUGGCCAGGUGGAAAGCUGCUCAGACUCUGCAGGCCAGUGGCAUGUCCCAGGUACACCCUGUGUCACCCCCACAACCCCAUCAAUUACUACUACAGUACCCAGUACCACCUCAAAACCAACAACACAGCCCGUUUGCAAACCUGCCAUCUGUGAUCUUCUAACCAGCAGUGUAUUCGCACCGUGCCACUCAGUCAUAGCCCCAGGACCAUUUGUGACAUCCUGUGUAUCUGACGUUUGUAAAAGUGGCAAUGACACCUGCUCCAGCCUGGAGGCCUACGCCACUGAGUGCUCUAAUGCAGGAGUGUGUAUCGAAUGGAGGAAUGCUACCAAUGGGCAGUGCGAGCACAAGUGUCCAAACGGCAAAGUGUACAUGGCUUGUGGCCCCUCUGUAGAGCCCACAUGCAAUGACAGAUACAACAAGAUGUUUGAGGCAGAUAGCCAGGGAUCCACUAACUACACUGAGGGCUGCUUCUGUCCUCAAGGCACCACCUUAUUCAACACAGUCUACGGCACAUGCGUUACCUCCUGCGGUUGUGUCGGACCUGAUGGAAAACCCAAAGAACCUGGCGACACAUGGACGAGCGGCUGCAACACCUGUGUGUGUGACAAGGACUCCAUGAGCAUCCAGUGCCAGCCUGUUAAGUGCCCAUCAGUGCAGAGCCCCAACUGCAGCGAGGCUGGCCAGCAGCUGGUCAACAAGACAGACGGCUGCUGCACAACACAGUCAUGUGAAUGUAAUGCAAAUCUGUGUCCGGCUCCUAUCACCUGCCAGCUCGGCUUCCAACUCAGCAUCACCAACGGCACCUGCUGCCAAUCCUACAAGUGUGUUCCUAAAGGUGUAUGUGUCCAUGACAUGAAAGAGUACAAGCCUGGUGCCAAGAUACCAACUUCAGAAACGCCAUUAGAGCCACCACUAGAAGCACCAUCAGCACCAGAACAAGAAUCAAGAGCAACAACAACAACAGAAUCAUCAGGACUGGGAGAGGCAACACUGGGACCUGUAACAGAGGAGAUUACCCAGCCUGGCCCCUGCCAGGAGUGCUACUGUGGCCCCAAAAUGGAUCCUGUCACGAAGCUGAACAUCAUUAUCUGCAAACCGAUUGUCUGCAACACAAGCUGCUCUGAAGGUUAUGAAUAUCAGACUGUCCACGACAAGUGCUGUGGGACCUGUGUUCAGACGAGCUGUAUUGUCACCACACCUGACAACACAACGCAUAUCGUUAAGGUCAACAACACGUUUGUACCUCCUAAUGACAAGUGUGUGCAGUAUACCUGUGACAAUAUCAAUGGACAGCUUGUUACCAAGGAGACCAAGACCACUUGUCCUCCAUACAACCCCUUGGACUGUGAACCUGGAACCGAGACAACUGAUGCUAAUGGAUGUUGCAAAACCUGUAAGCUUCGGAGUGUGUGUGAGGUCCAGAGUCAGCAGACAGUCAUCGAGGUGAACGGCUGUAAGAGCGCAAAGCCGGUCAACAUGACAUCCUGCUUCGGACACUGUGGCAGCUCGUCCAUGUAUUCUGCAGCAUCAAACACGAUGAUGCACCAGUGCGAGUGUUGCCAAGAGGCCGCCACCAGUCAGAAACAGGUGGAGCUGAUCUGCAGUGACGGGUCCACGCUCCAGCACAGCUACACGAUGGUGGAGACGUGCCGCUGCACCAAAUCAGAGUGUGUGACGCCCAAAUCACAGCGCCGCAGGAGACGCUGAGCAGUUACUCACUUACACUGGACUGAAUCCUCACAAACACGAUGCACAACUUAACCUUAGAUCAUCUUCUUCUUCUUCCUCUUCUCAGGUUUUAUUAUUUAUAGCCCAACACGCUCUCUUCUUCAUUGUUACAACAUGACGUAAACUUUCUUCAGCUUAGGAUUUCAUGGAUGAUAAUUAUUAAAAUUAUAUUUCUGCAA